ACAGAAGCUCACCCAGUGAGUGAGUCAGUACCCCUCAUUCCACUUCCUCCAGCCGCCUCCAUUUCCUCAUUCUCAAAAUUCCCGAUGGCCGCCACCUCCCUCUCCAUCUCCCCAAACCCUAGCUUCACCACCACCACCUCUCACAAACCCUCUCCCUCUCUCUCAACCCCAACCCACCUCAAAUUCCCAACCACCACCACCACCUCUCCCAUCCCCACCAAAUCCUUAUCCACCCAACACCUCUCCCAAACCCCAACCCCACGCGCCACCUUCUCCACACGCGCCUCCGCCGCAGCCUCCACCACUCCCUCCACCUCCUUCCACGGCCUCUGCUACGUCGUCGGCGACAACAUCGACACUGACCAGAUCAUCCCCGCCGAGUACCUCACCCUCGUCCCCUCCAACCCCUCCGAGUACGAGAAGCUCGGCUCCUACGCCCUCUGCGGCCUCCCGGCGUCCUACUCCACGCGCUUCGUCGACCCCAACGAGACCAAGUCCAAGUACUCCAUCGUCAUCGGCGGCGCCAACUUCGGCUGCGGCUCGUCCCGCGAGCACGCGCCGGUGGCUCUCGGCGCGGCGGGAGUGGCGGCGGUGGUGGCGGAGUCGUACGCGCGCAUCUUCUUCAGGAACUCGGUGGCCACCGGCGAGGUGUACCCGCUGGAAUCGGAGACGAGGAUUUGCGAGGAGUGCAGGACCGGUGAUGUGGUGAGCAUUGAGCUGAGCGAGAGCCGUCUGAUCAAUCACACGACUGGGAAAGAGUAUGUGUUGAAGCCGAUCGGGGAUGCCGGUCCGGUUAUCAGAGCCGGUGGCAUAUUUGCUUAUGCCAGAGAGGCUGGGAUGAUUCCAACUUUGUCUGGUUAGAUUUUUAACAAUUUCGGUUAUGUUAUGAUUCUCCUAUGAAUAUUGAUAGAAUGCAAUUCUCUUUGUGUUUAGGCUGCUUUUGUUUGCUCUAUCACUUCUAUGGUUUGUAUCCUGGUGACUGUUGUAUUAUGCUAUUUAAGAAAUAAAAGGCAAAUAGAUUUUGCAAGUGCUUUUGAUC